GUGAAUCCCGGAGCAAACACACAUUGAUUCAAGUAUAGUGACGAGAAGUGCUUUCAAAGAGACGUUCAAUAGUAACAAUAAAAAAGAAAACGGGUACGAUGAUGAAACCUUUGCCGCAGUCUUCAGGUCGGAAGGUCAAGAUUUCGACCAGCAUUGCUUACCCAACCACUUCGAGCGGGCCCAGAUACAAGGGGAACUCAAAGACCCGUGGGGGAGAUAAGCAUCACCGAUCACGAAUCGAUUCUCAGAGCUCGGAUGAAGAGGACGAUCAGUUGGGUCGAUUUGACGUAAACCGCGGAAUGGAUUAUUCCACGGAUAUUAAGGCUGCCCUGAGUGAAGCCCGGAAGCGCUCGGUCAAGGUCUUCAAGAAGACUGUCAUGGAUGAGGAAGAGUUCAGGCUCACCGGGGGAUUACCCGGGUGUAUUGAGAGGGCCAAGAGCCUCUUGAUAAGGAAAAAGAUAAGCAGCGCAAUGAGGUACCUGGACUUUGCUCUCAGUCAUUACCUACGAGAAAAUCCCUACAACAAAAUCGAGCCUCCUGACAUCCUUCAAGUGAAGCUAAUCCGAGCUCAAUGCCUCUUAUGUGAGUCCAAAUACUCUGAGGCCCAAAAAGAGGCCGACCACAUCUUGAGCUAUUGGAAGAACAACGCAAUAGCUUUAUCCAUAAGCGCGGAAGCCAUGUACUACCAGUGUGAGUUUGAAAGGGCCCUAAUGACAUUUCAUCAAGGCUUCAAUGCUCGAACCGAGUUAUACACAUCUACCUUUAAGGAGGGCAUCAAGAAGUCUAAAGUGGCCAUCCUUCGAACUUUGACUGCUUUGGAUCUGAGCAUCAAUGAGUGGAACACCAGUCCACAAGGCAAGCAACUUGAAAAGUCAUUCCAUCGCUUUAUCAACGACAUGGUGGAGACAAUGAAACUGAAUACCAUUCAUAUCGACGUUGGAGACCAAGGUCCAAGUGGGAUCUCAAAGCAAAUACUAACGGAUUCGGCGGAAAUUCCGAUGUUCAUCAACCUGUCAACAAUGGCUCCAUUAUGCGAAUUGAAAAACCGCGCUAAACGGAAAAUCAGCGCCAGAAGGGAGGCCGAGGAACAACGAUUGGCAGCCUUGGCAUUAGAAGAUAAGCCCAAGAACCGACAAGGCAAAAAGACCCGUGCGGGUGGUCGUGCCCAGAAGGAUUUGAAUCUGAAAAGACUCAAAAAGGACGAGAAGUUCUUAGAUUCUCUCAAGGAAUGUUUUGGCGGCAAGCAGGAUGAACAAAAGAAAAUUUUAGGAAGAUUCUCAACGCUGGAUCCCAAUACAACAGGACGAAAAUCCACCAAAGCCGACGCAUCAGUAUAUUUUUCGGCUAUGAAUAAGCGGAAACGUAAUGUGGACAAAUCUGUGGUGAAAGCUGCAGAUGAAGUCCUGGAAUUCAUAGGAGGACGCAAGAAGUUCUGGUCCAUUCAGAGAUAUGGCAUGAAAGAGGAAGAAAAGGCCAAGGUAUCUCAAAAACCUGAGCCUGCCAAGGUUAUGACCCAUCCGACCGUAACGAAAUUGAGGCUCCAAUGAGACACUCAAUUAUUGCGUGUGAAUUGUAAACAUUCAGACAAUGACAUGAAAUUGAAAUUCACAUCAAAUAUACUUCUGAAGACCCUCAGUUCACAACAUGCUUUUUCGGCUCCUGUUCAUAAUCUUAGAAUACAUUUAUGUGGCGAAUUCCACAAAUGUGAGACGAUAUGAAAGUAAGACAAUAAGCAAAAUGCCUUGGAAUAAACGACAACAUCAAAUCCAAAUGACAAGGGAUUAUUUGAUUGAAUGUGCCUCGACUUGUUCUGCAUCUCUAAAUUGCAAUGUAUUUACUUUCGCCGCUCAAAAUGGGUUAUGUGAAUUAGGUUGGGUUGUUGAAUUAUUGACGCUACCCACCACGGACACCAUCCAAGUUUUUGCUCUUGAGAGCCUUCCCCAAACCGAUUCUCCAUUGCAUAUGAUGAGAUUAGAGGCCAAUGAUAACGGAAACACUAUUGACGAUUUUAAUGCUCUGAGAUCAGCUCCUUCAGCUUACCUAUUCCCGGCCAUUCCUUUGCAUUUGAACACAUGGCACCAAAUGGAAGUGGCCUUGUAUAAGGACAACAAUAUAAUCCUUUGUGGCGGGAGAUUAGCCUCGUCUACUACGACUAAUUGUCUUCAACAUGAGGUUGGAUCUUCUACUUGGACAAGCUUUGACAUGUUAGUUCCACGGAUAACUUUUGCCCUAAUAUUCGUCAACGAACACCUUUGGGCUUUGGGAGGGCAUAAUGGCGGUUCAUCAGCAAAAAGUAGGUUGCGAGAUUGAGACAACGAAAGUUCCGAAAGUAAUAAACAUUGCAAUUUCAAUUCAAGCAACAACAGAGGCUUGGGAUGGGUUGUUUUGGGGAAUGGGACCCGAUCUACCUCGAACGAUGACUGGACAUGGUGCAGUUCAAGUAGAUCAGUUCCAUUGUAUGAUUAUUGGUGGGAGAAGUGAUCUGAACAACGCCCUAACAGACACUUAUCUCUAUGAUACUCGCCUCACCUCAGCAUUAGCUUUCACUCAGCGAGCUCAUCUUAAUAUCGCCAGAAGUUUUGCAUUUGUUAGUUUGAUUCAGUGGUCUGAUGGUCAGGACCGUGUGGUGGUUGCCGGUGGAACAAUUGGUGGGUAUGAAGAAAGCCUGACCACAAUUGAAAUUUAUGACUUAGCUUUGGACUUAUGGACCUUGAUCCCUGGUUUGUUACCUUUUCCAUAUUCCCGUGGGAACGUCGUUACAACGCACAAUGUCAUGUUUCUGGUUGGUGGUCAAACUAACGCCUCGGAAGCUGCUUCUGAACAAGUGGUAUCAAUUGAUAACGAUGGAACAACAAGGCUAAUCGUCAAUUGUUCAAGCACCUAUUCGACUCAAAGUCUGAGAGUUCUUGGUUUCCGAUACUCCUAAAUCAUAUUAAUGCCUUUAGGAAAUACAGAUGCAGUUUGACGAAUGAGGUUUCAAAAAACGGCAUGUUUUUACUUAUCGUCAAGGGGGGAAUGCGUUCUUUUUAAAUGGCCAACUAAAUGGAUUUGCCGAUAGAACUUGUACGUAUGCCUGUCAUAAACCUUGCAGAAUCGAUUGAGUUCAUGGCUGUUUGGAAAGUUUGUUAAUAAAGUUUGGCUCUGUUUGUUGACUCAAUCCCGUUGAAGCUGUGAAGACAAGUGUCGAGUGCCAAUAAACUUUUGCAGUAUGAGGGAGUUAUUAUCGCUUGAUUUAUGUCAACAGACAGCAAAAACUUCCUCACAUGCGCUCCUCCCGUUUUUUUUUCAUUUCAGUUUGCUUACCAAUGACAAACUCCAUCACAUGUGGGGAAAAAUAUCAUGUUCACCUUCACUCAAGCCCAAAAUUGGAACAUAUUUUCCUUUUUCAUGUAACUUAAUCAAUGUAUGCCCCUUGUAAUGUUUGUUCAUCAUUGACCAAUGGCCCUGAAGCCCUCUGUUCAAAAGCAAUCCGAUAACCCGUAAUGGAGCAACCUAACCUUGUAACAACAAACCACAUUUAUGUAGGCAAAGUCUUGCCUAUCACACUUGCCUCUGUUUUCGCGCACUUGUUAGACGCGUGCCCUUCAGAGGACUGCCAUAAGGCGUGCACGUCCUCCACUAAAGUGAAGUGGGUCUUGCGCAGCCUCCAAUCCUUGAGUGAAGGGUGAAGAGUAAAUGGAACCGAGAACGGAUAUGAGGCCUAACAACACUGAAGUAUACGUAGCAAACAUUUGACGGAGAAGCCCGACAGUGAAAGGAACCUCGCUCGGAAAGAAAACAAGCACCGCAUUAGUCAGAAGAAAAUGAAGUGUAACAAGACCAGAUACAAUUGGUUAGAGCCGUUUUGACUUGUUGCUAUUGAAGGCUGUGUUUCCAAUCUUAAAGCUCAACGAGUAUGAAAAUUUCUUUGGAUCUCUCUUGUGAAGUGAUUGAGUAGGUAUACCUACAGUAUGUAUUCAAAUGAAAAGAGGAACGAGUGCCUUUGUGACAGAGGACAAGUACAAAGUGCUAAUCCCCCUGACACAAAGAAAUGCAUCCACCAAAAUGCCCGUGGAACAGGAGAAGAUUUCCAGGGGAACAAAGACUAACCGGGGAAAAGGGUUAUAAGGAUCGAUUAAGUGAAACCCAAAGAUGAACCAUUUCAACAUGACCGAUACCGUUUUCUGGCAAAGACGUCCCCCACUUGUCAACCUUGGUUUGACCUUGCACCAUUUCGUGGGUGCCAAGAACAUUCAAGAGCUUAACACAAUUCACAAGGAUGCCAAACCCACGGCCUUGUACUACGUAUCGACCAUUUUUUUCCUGUAUUUCAUGGGUUUGAUGGUGAUCUUGGUCCACUACAUGAACUCAUCGUAUGGUGAUUGGUCUUGGACUUUGGGAGAUCUUUGGGAGGAAUUCUACAGUCCUUCGCCGCGGCCAAAUACGAGCAACCCUGAGGUUACUCCUUCCAAAUCACGGUCCCAUAAAUCCGAUCCAGAGCUAGUGGACAUUGAAAUCACGACUCAAAAUGGAAGUGCAACCUCGAAUGGGAAUUCGUCCGGAUCAAGACGCUCAAGGAUCAGCAACAGCUUACGAAGGCUCAAGGAAAUGGGCAAAAAAUCGUCCUCGGGAUCGACGGAUGGGAACAGGGCCUCUAGCAGAAGUGCACAAGCAGCAGACAAUGACAGACACUUGAGCAUCGACGACAAUUUCAGAAACAACCACUCGGUCAGCACGGUUAGUGAAGUCGGCAGUGCCACCCUCAUCUCCAUAUGUACCGAAGAGAGUUCCCGGAGACGUCUCAGCUCCUUGGAUAAUGUUUUGACCAACGUGGAUAGAAAUAAACACCCUCAAGAAUCCGCUUCCUUCCAUGCCUCAUCUUUUAUCCAAAAGUUUCCUCCAUUCGUCCAUUGCGAGGUGAGCCAAGUGGGUCCGGGGUCCUAUUGUGAGGCCAAUAGACCAGCUCGAAACAACCAUCUAUUAGAAGGUGGUGCCCAUUAUCAUCCCAGCAUUGUCCAUGGACAUCAUCAUUGUUACUUCCAUGGGCUACAAGAGAAUGUUCCGAUUUGUGAGGAGGCCGAAGAGGAGGAAGAAUAUGAUGAAGGGAGACCACUCGAACCCAAAAUGGAACAACCUUUGGAAACGAAGCUGUGAUUGAUGUUCGGGGAACAUAACAUUGCUCUGAACAACGCAUACUUGCAAUCGAGCACGACUCGGUCCCCUGCGUUUUCAAAGAGAGGUUGGGCGAAAGGCAAGCAACCGCGUUCCGAACGAAUAGAAACCAGUUUGAGAAAGAAAAUAUACAAGAUUUAUUACAACAUGGAAAGACGAGAAGUUACCUGAAUAAAUAGUCGAGGGUUUUAAAUUAUU